AGCAGCAGCUGGGCGCGGCGCCACCACUUCCUGCGGACUUGACUUUUCCUAUGUCACACACCAAGACCAUGCAUCGGCGUUUUGGAACGACAAGUCGAAAAAAUGCAGCCUCAGAGUAGUCAUUUGAAACGGUUGUCCCUUCCGCCGCCGGCGCCGAUGGCCGUGCAGAAGUCGCCAACCUUGGCCAGGGUGCACAGGGCCACCCUGAAAAUCGAAGAGCCGCACCUUUUCAACUUCACCAUCGACGAUGAUGACCAAGAGGAAGAGAAGGUUCAUUCACCCCUACCGGGCUCGAUGCUCCCAAUUUUUGACGAAUUGGGAGCAGCAACGGGAAUGACGACUCUAUUAAAGGGGCCGCUAGUCACCCCCGUUCAAGGAUUGUUUUUCAAAAAGUGGAAAGAGCGGUAUUUUUUGCUCACCAAAGAUUUCCUCAGUUGCUUCAAAAUCUCCUCGAACGGACCCUCGACUAUGGGGCCGUUCAUUUCCAAGAUAAGACUAGCAGAGAUCACCAAAGUUGAGUGGAGCAAUUCGAGGAGCGACGCCUUAGGAACAAUAACCCUUCACCUAGGACCUGUUCUUGUUUCUCCAAUAGAGGACAUAGCACAACCCGUGUAUAAAAAGGGCUCAUCAGAAUUAAAUGCUGAAUCGCCUCACAAUCAGAGGCCACCGAUUUUGUUAAGAUCUCCUCAAGGAGUCAAAGAGUCCGUUCUUCUAGAUUGGUUUGAGACAAUGGAGGAGGCCGUCGAAGCAAGCAAGAUGAGAAGAGCGGCACGAUCAGCCUCAUUUGGAAGCAAUUCUUCAAAGAGGCGCCCUGUUUCACCCAUGGAGAAAUAUACCCUGAACAAAAUGAGAGAGUUUGGCGCCAAGUUGAGCCUAGUCCAACAGACUUCAAAGAAAGUUACGUUUCAAGACGCACUGCCCAAACGAAAUGUUUAAUCUCAGAAUUGCUUAUCAAUAGACUUGUCAAAAGAAAUCAUAAAGUCCCAAAUACAUUUAGGGCACUAAUUUCUGUUUAAGUAAAACUUGUAAGCCUUGUAAGCAUUCAUGUUGAGGAGUUGGAAUUUGACGACUCGCACAAAUUGUUUUGUGGUGGCGACCCUUUUUCCUACCAAAGAAUGAUAUCAGAGUUGUUGAAACGAAAUGAGUGCAAAUUUGAGUCUUGUUUUUAAAAAUAUGCAACCCAAGACAAAUUUUAGAUUUUAUAUAAAAAUUUUUAAUCUUAAAACAAUAAUAAAAUGUGCAAAAAAAAAAACUUCAAGAAUUGUUUUCUUUGAUCGAUUCUGUGGAAUUUAAAAGCUAUCGGAUUUUCUUGCUCCUCCAC